AUGUCUAAUUCAGUGUUGAUGCAUUCCUCUAAUAUCUUUUCCCCUACAUAUGGUUAUGUUGUCUAUCGUGUCCGUGUAAGACGUGGUGGAAGAAAGAGACCAGUUUCUAAAGGUAUUGUGUAUGGCAAACCCACAAACCAGGGUGUCACGCAGCUGAAAUUCCAGUGCAGCAAGCAAUCAGUUGCCGAGGAAAGAGCUGGUCGGAAUAUUGGUGGUCUUAGGGUUGUGAAUUCGUAUUGGAUCAACGAGGAUUCAACAUACAAAUAUUUUGAGGUCAUCUUGGUUGAUACUGCCCACAAUGCCAUCCGCAAUGACCCAAGAAUCAACUGGAUCUGCAAUCCAGUUCACAAGCACAGGGAACUCCGCGGACUUACCUCUGCUGGCAAGAAAUACAGGGGUCUUCGUGGCAAGGGACACUUGCACCACAAGGCCAGACCUUCGAGAAGGUUUGAGAAUUUUGAGACAGUUUUAUUGCGUUUGGACAUCACUAAAUCGUCUACGCUGAGGCUGUUGAGUUAUAUGCUCGCUAAACUGUAUGUGAGGGAUAUUUCAUCGCUCGAAAAGAAUGCCUUAAACUUUGUCUAA